GCUCAAUUUCUCCUCUCCCUCUCUCUCUCCCAAACUACAAGCAUUCAGAGAGAAGAGAGAGAGAGAGAAAGAGCAUAAACAGCCAUUCUAUCAAACCGCAGAAAACAGAUUAUUCCCCUGUUUCAAAAAUGGGUGAAAAUUCAGGGAAGAUUUUGAUACCGGAAUCGUAUUCUUCGGAGAUGGCGUGGGAAAUUGGAAUGGUGUGGGAGCUAAUCAAAGAGCCGUUGAUUGUGCCUCUGCUGACGAUUUGCGUGUACAUUUGCUUGGCCAUGUCUGUGAUGGUUUUCAUCGAGCGGAUUUACAUGGGCGCCGUCAUCGUCGUGGUGAAGCUAUUGGGGAAGAAGCCAGAAAAGCGAUACAAAUGGGAGGCCAUGAAAGAUGAUUUGGAAGAGGGGAAUGCUGCUUUCCCUAUGGUUCUCGUUCAGAUCCCCAUGUGCAACGAAAAAGAGGUUUACAAAAUCUCGAUUGGUGCAGCGUCGAAUCUCUCAUGGCCAGCUGAUAGGCUUCUCAUUCAAGUUCUCGACGACUCCACUGACUUGCUAAUCAAGGACAUGAUUGAGAAAGAAUGCUUAAAGUGGGCAAGCAAAGGGGUUAACAUUAGAUACCAAAUUAGAGAGAGGAAAGGAGGGUUUAAGGCUGGAUUGCUAAAGCAAGGAUUAGAACACGACUACGUCAAGGACUGCGAAUACGUCGCCAUCUUCGACUCCGAUUUCCGGCCCGAACCCAAUUUUCUCCGACGAUCAGUCCCUUUUCUCAUUCACAAUCCGGAUAUUGCACUUGUUCAAGCCCGUUGGAGAUUCGUUAAUGCAGAUGAGUGCUUGCUCACAAGAAUGCAAGAAAUGUCAUUUGAUUAUCAUUUCAUGGUUGAGCAAGAAGCGGGUUCAGCAACUCAUGCAUUUUUUGGCUUCAAUGGAACCGGUGGAAUAUGGAGGAUCGCAGCAAUCAAUGACGCCGGAGGAUGGAACCACAGAACGACAGUGGAAGAUAUGGAUCUUGCCGUUCGGGCCGGUCUCAGAGGCUGGAAAUUUCUCUACCUUGGUGAUCUUCAGGUAUAUAGCGAACUCCCGAGUACUUUCAAAGCCUUCAGGUUGCAGCAGCACAGGUGGUCCAGUGGGCCGGCUAAUCUCUUCAGGAAAACGAUGAUCGGAAUCGCCACAAACAAGAAAAUAACUUUGUACAAGAAGAUGUAUCUGAUGUACAGCUUCUUCUUCAUGCGGAAGAUGAUCGUUCACUUCUUCACCUUCUUCUUCUACUGCGUGGUUCUGCCGCUCUCGGUGAUGGUGCCGGAGGUGUACGUCCCGAAAUGGGGCGCCAUCUACCUCCCCUCCAUCAUCACCACGCUCAACUCCUUGGGUACCCCUCGCUCGCUCCACCUCCUCUUCUGCUGGGUGCUCUUCGAGAACGCCAUGUCCUUCCACCGCAGCAAGGCCGUCGUCAUCGGCCUGCUCGAGGCCAAGCGCGCCAACGAGUGGGUGGUCACCGAGAAGCUCGGGGACAAGCUCAAGUACCACAGCAAGGCCUCGAGCAAGAAAUAUUCAGUAACCAAGGCCGUGGGGGAGAGGAUACAAGUGCAGGAGCUGGGACUCGCCGUGUUCCUCUUCUUCUGCGGAUGCUACAAUUUCCUCUAUGGGAAAGACAACUACUUCGUUUACCUGUUUCUUCAAGUCAUCACAUUUACAGUCGUCGGAUUUGGCUACGUUGGCACCUUUCUUCCUCCUUCUUGAAUUCAAUUCUAGCUCUAUUUAUAUAUACAUACCAGAUUUGCUUUUAUAAAAUUAAACCCUCUUGUGCUAGCUCAAUAAAACAGAAGAGAUCAUCCUAUUUUUUUGUGAAUUCUUUGUGUGUAGAAACAUAAAAUCGUGUUAUAUAUAUGCCAUCUUCAGCUUGU